UCUACCGCAUUACAGAUCAUCUGGACCCGUUUCCUUUGGCUUCAGCUCGCUGGAUCCAAACAAGUCGGUGUCUUCCCCCGUGGACAUGACUGGUUCUGCCAACGGCACCCUGCAAGUCUCAUCACUCAAGAAUGAACUGCAGGAAGCACAAGUCGGCCCGGACACUCCAGUUGUACACACAGACAAAGGUCAGACGACGGACUCCAUUGACCAGACUGAACGGGGAACAGCCACAAAGGGAGGCUGGGUGGAUGGGUUCACACCCGAGUCGGAGAUGAUGUCCUCGCCAGAGAUGGAGGACCUGGAGGACAUCUCUAUGGACACCAGUAUUGGCCCAGAAGGCAAGCCACCAGGGAAGCUGAAACCUACCACCACAAAGCACAAAGAGGAGCGAACAGGCAACACCUUAUAUCAGGAGUUGCAGUUCCAGGAGCCAGAUGCCUUGGCAGAGAUGGAUGAGGGAGCUGACAUUACAGACAGUGGGAGUGAGGAAGGUGGGAACUCGCCCACAUACUCGGUCACUGACAACUUCUUUGGGAUGGGCAAGGAAGUGGAGAACCUCAUCAUGGAAAACAACGAACUUCUGGCAACUAAGAAUGCCCUAAACAUUGUGAAAGAUGACCUUAUUGCCAAAGUAGAUGAACUAACAAGUGAGCAAGAAAUCUUGCGAGAGGAGAUCAAGUCUCUCAAUGCCGUCAAGUCGAGACUGAAGCUGAGGAUCACAGAGUUGGAGGAUGAAGUGAAGAAAGUCAAAGAGGAAUUUGAGAAGAAUGCAAAGGCCAACAAGUCAGAUGACGAGGAGGACGUACCUAUGGCUCAGCGCAAAAGGUUCACUCGAGUUGAGAUGGCCAGAGUGUUGAUGGAGCGGAACCAAUACAAGGAGCGAUUCAUGGAGUUGCAGGAAGCUGUGCGCUGGACAGAGAUGAUUAGGGCCACUCGCAAUGACCCCAAUGUGGAUAAGAAGAGCAAACAGACAAUAUGGAAGUUCUUCAGCAAUUUGUUUAGUACGUCAGAGAAGCCUCAGAGAAAGCCUCUUCCUUACGGUAAUGUUCGCUACAGCCCACCAACACACCAGGUCACACCAGCCCUUGAGACAAUGCGGCAGAAGAAGCUGUCCGACCACAGACGCAAAGGCCUUGAAAUAUUUGAUGCAGAAUUAGACAGCCCAGAUGACGUGAGUCGGGAGCCAUCUCCCCUCACAUUCCUCUACCCCUCCUCCAGCUCCUCGGAGAAGUAUCAGCAGCGCCGUGCCACAGAGAGGCGGGAGCAGUACAGGCAGGUCCGUGCACAUGUAAAGAAGGACGAUGGACGGAUGCAGGCAUAUGGCUGGAGUCUGCCUGCUAAGACAGGACAGAAGGCCAUAGAGGGGCCUCAGACCCAGCCCAAGAGCUCUGCCUCUACACAUGUGCCUGUCCCAGUACCUGUAUAUUGCCGCCCACUGAUGGAGAAGGAACCAGGAAUGAAGAUUUGGUGUGCAGCAGGAGUGAAUCUAACUGGGGGAAGAACCAAAGACGGUGGCAACAUUGUGGGUGCCAGCGUAUUCUACUCUGGGGACACAGAGACAACAGAGGUGAAACCGGGAGAUGAAGUGGACAAGUUAGACAUGGAACUCAAGGAGCAUGAAAAAGACAGAAGAGAUGGGGAGCUCCUGGAGCAAACACUCUCAUCUCUUGUUUGGAUAUGCACAUCAACACACUCUAUUAGCAAAGUCACAGUAAUAGAUGCAAAUAACCCAGCUGACAUUCUAGAGUCCUUCCAUGUGUGUUCCUCCCACCUCCUGUGCAUAGCAAGUGUUCCAGGUGCGAAAGAGUCAGACUAUUCAGUGGAUGAGGACCUGAACAAACUAGUGGAGGAGUCUCAGCAAAAUGGCAGUGGAGCCUCAGAGGACACAGGAGCCAGUGAGGGCAAAAGCAAGGAAGAGGGUAGUGGCCCCUCCAUGGGCACGCUCUCUUUCAUCAGUUGUGCCGCAGGCAGUGACACUGGGGCACCAGAUUCUCCAUCAGAGAAGGAGCCAGAAGAAAUAAAACCCGUUCUCCGCAAAGAAACGAUCACCUGUACAGAUCCAGAGCAAGAUGCAGACCGGGCGGAGGUGAUGGAGAAUUCGGGGGAGGAGGAGGUUCCCCCUCGCAGGCUGCUCAAGGAACCAGAGGGUGUAGUCAAGGAUGGAGUUGAGGAGGCACAGCCUACACCAGAUACAAGUGUAGUGAAUGAGGAGGUGGAGAAAAUGUCAUCUGUGUUGGCGACGAUGUGGCUAGGGUCGCAGAGCGGCUCCAUCUACGUUCACUCUGCUGUCCGCCAGUGGAAGCGUUGCCUUCACUCAAUCAAGCUCAAGGAUUCUGUGCUUGCUAUUGUCCACAUCAAGGGCCGUGUCCUAGCUGCACUGGCUGAUGGUACAGUGGCCAUCUUCCACCGGCAAGGUGAUGGCCAGUGGGAUCUUACCAACUACCACCUGCUGGACCUGGGCAAACCCCACCACUCAAUCCGCUGCAUGCAUGUUGUGCACAACAAGGUUUGGUGUGGCUACCGGAACAAAAUCCACGUCGUCGAUCCCAGGAUUAUGAAUGUUGAGAAAUCCUUUGAUGCCCACCCACGUAAAGAAUCACAAGUGCGACAGAUGGCUUGGAUUGGUGAUGGUGUGUGGGUAAGCAUCAGGCUGGACUCUACACUGCGGCUCUACCAUGCACACACACACCAACAUUUGCAAGAUGUUGACAUUGAGCCAUACGUUUCUAAGAUGCUCGGUGUCUUCCCUGGAGUCACCGUUCCAGGGACGGGGAAGUUGGGCUUCUCCUUUGUAAGAAUAACAGCUCUCCUCAUCUCUUCAAACCGCCUCUGGAUUGGAACCGGCAAUGGAGUUAUCAUCUCCGUCCCGCUGUCUGAGAGUGCCAAUCCAAGGCCAGUAGCCAGCGGUAGUGGAGUCGAAGGAGGUACCCCAGGGAGUGGGGGAGGAGUGCGAGUGCCUACAUCUGCGGGAGCAUCGGGUGCUGUGGUUGGCGUUGGAGGAAGUGGCAGUGGAGGGGCCAGGAUGCCUGGGGCUGUCAUCCGUGUGUAUAGUGAUGUCAAGGACCAGGUGACACCUGGCUCCUUCAUCCCUUACUGCUCCAUGGCCCAAGCUCAACUCUCCUUCCACGGGCACAGGGAUGCCGUCAAGUUCUUCGUUGCCGUGCCAGGCUCAGGCGGGUAUAAUGCCCUUACAGCCACACCGCCUGUUUCUGCGGUCCCGGCCAUCACUGAUAAGGAGCAGCUGGAGGAGGACGUUGAGAAGAAGCCAAAGAGUAUGUUAGUCAUUUCGGGUGGAGAGGGAUACAUUGACUUCAGAAUCGGUGAAGGAGAGGAGGAUGGAGCCCCAGACACGUCAGCCGAGUCGCUCAGCCGUGGUGAUAGAUCCCACCUUAUCGUUUGGUCUGUCGCACGCCCGCCAGUGUGAGGGGCACACGUUGCACCUCAGCUAGGCCUCAAGCAUCGGCUGGCAACCAAUCAUGGAAUUCUCCAAAGUCCAGGGUAAAAAAUUCUAGUGUGUUGCUCAGAGGUAAUGAGUAAAGGCAUCCAGUGAGAGUAACUAUAGAGAAAUGUGAUAUAAGCAGUGAGCUAGAAUUUGAAGCCCUGGGAAGGUCUCAUGCAGAGGUUAUCAUUGCAUCACUUGUCUGCCUCAGGAGACGGAAAGACCCAGUCCCAUGAAUGAAGGAGAAAUACCCUAAGUUAACUCUUAUUGUUGUUGUUAUUACUUUUUUUCCCAUUUAGUAAACUUCAUUUUUUGACUCAUGUUAUUGGGUUGAAGAAAGUAAUGAGACCAUGUUUUGGAGGGUUGAAGAAAGAGAGCUGGGACUGGUGUAUUUUCACUUCUCAGAGGAUCAUUUUCAAGUAAAAUAAUUAAUCACAGCACAAGAGCAGAUUCAGAAUGGAGCUGUAAGUGUCAGAGGUGUUUUUUUCGAAAUUGAUGGGUAAACAUUUUUAUUUCCUCUUUUUCUUAUGGGGGGGGGGCUUAUUUUGAAAGUUUAGCCGGCAAGGAUUUGUCAUUUCUUGAAUUUGGCAUCUCUUCUCUUUUUCUCUCUCUCUCUCUCUCUCUCUCUCUCUCUCUCUCUCUCUCUCUCUCUCUCUCUCUCUCUCUCUCUCUCUCUCUCUCU